AUGGCUUCGUAUUCAUCUAUUCCAUGGGGUUAUUUAGAGCCAAUUAAUAAUAUUUAUCCUCGUGGAAUAUUAACAAAAUCUUCUUAUACAAUCGGACGACAUCCAAAUGAAUGUGAUAUAAUUCUUGAUUCAAAAGAAUUACGACAACAUGAAUAUUUUAUUCAUUUAAGUUCCAAACAUUUUAUUAUCGAAUGUCUUGAUAACGGACGAUCAAUAUUUUUUCGUGAUGUUAGUUUAUUUGAUGUUAUUAAUCUUGAUGAACGUUAUUUAAAAGCAAAUUUACUUGGUUCAGGCUCAUUUGCGAAUGUUUAUCGAGCUAUAUCACAUGUAACAAAUACACGUCGUGCAAUUAAAAUAAUCAAUAAAGAUCAAUGUGAAAAACAAAUUGGUCCUGGACUUUCCAAAUAUCUCUAUAGAGAAGUAUCUAUUCAUGGAAGUGUUGAUGUUUAUCAUGAGAAAACAGAUUUAUUUGUUGAAAUGGAAUAUGCCGCUGAUGGUGGUGCAUUACUUAAUAGAAUACAUAAAACAUGUAUUAUGGAUGAAGAUGAAUCUAAAUUUAUUUUUUAUCAAAUUGGUUGUGCAUUAGAAUAUUUACAUCGACUUAAAAUAGUAAAAUGA